AUGGCUACAAAAAGAGAGCGCCCCAUCGAUUUCUUUGACGAAGACGAAGACGAUUUGGACUAUUUGAUUGAAGCGAGUAUCGAAAACGACAAGAAUAAAGAGAAUAAUGUACUUGGUUUAGACGAGUACCUAAAUCAGAGAUCCACUAGCAACCUAAAAGCAGCAAGCAAUGUUUUGGCAAAUGAUCCAUUCACUGAGAGCAUGGAGGAUGAAGGAUUUGACAGCAAUGCAUUUGAACAGGGCUUAUUCGAUAUCCCCGUGUGUCCUGCUUCUCCUCGAGAGAGAUCAGUAACAGCUGCUAUGGAUUUCAUGGGCAUUACUGAUAACCAGGAAAUUGAUAUCGACUUGACUGAACCAGCAAUGCCACCCAUUACCCCUGACGACAUGGCAGAUGAGGAGGCGGCGGUGGAUACCUUUGUGGAUUAUAAGGAAGUGCCUCAAACAGGAGCUUUCAUCUCGGCCACAUGUCCAACCACAGGCACAUCGCUUUUUUUCAAGAAAAAGACUCCAACAGAGCUGAAGCGUAGACAAAAGACAUUGAAUGACAUUGCCAUUAAGAAAAACCGCAGAUCAUUGCUGUCGAAACCUCUGUGGCAGUUGAGAAAAGAAAUCGAAAAGAGCAACCAGGAGGAAUUAAAGAGGAUUGAAAAGGAAAUUGAGGAUGCGAGAAGCAGAAAAAAGAAAAAGGUACAGCCAAAAGACGAUUCAGGUCAAUUGUGGGUGGACAAGUAUCGCCCCACCUCGUAUAUGGAUUUGAUGGGAGAUCAGCGUGUCAAUCGAGAUGUGCUGCGAUGGGUCAAACAAUGGGAUUAUUGCGUGUUCAAGAAAUCUGUUCAAAAGGAAUCACAGCGUGAUAAGCAGCUGAGACACUACAAGAGCACAUUUGGUGUAGAGCCCAAGUUUGCUGCCUUCAAGAAGGAUGUCAAGGAAACCAACGAUCCGUUACUCAGACCUGAAAAGAAGAUCCUACUCUUGUCAGGUCCUCCUGGAUUUGGCAAAACAACCUUGGCGCAUGUCAUUGCCAAACAAGCAGGCUACAAUAUCAUUGAAGUCAAUGCCAGUGACGAUCGUACGGGUGAAGUGGUUAAAUCAAAGAUCAAGGCGUCGUUGGAGCACCAAGCCAUCAUAAGAAAUGUGAAUGUAAAGGAAGAAAAACGAGAAAUGUCCAUGUCAUCCAAGCCCAAUUUGUUGAUUAUUGAUGAGAUUGAUGGUGCCAGUAGUGGUGGCGGUCAAGAUAGUUUUAUCAAGCAAUUAGUUCAGAUUGCCACUGCUGAACUCACCAACGAGAAAAAGGGCAAACACAAGGGGCCAAAACCUCUGCUUCGGCCUAUUAUUUGUAUUUGUAACGAUGCAUAUGCACCCGUACUUCGCCCUCUUCGUAUGGUUGCUCAGCAAGUUCAAUUCAGAAAAGUGCCAAUGAUGUCUUUAGCAAAGCGCUUACAGAACAUUUGCGAUAAUGAAGGACUGGAGAGCGAUUUGAGGACACUCAGUUUGUUAUCAGAGACAACAGAUGGUGAUUUGAGAAGUUGUCUAAACACGUUACAGUUUGUCAGAGGCAAGAGCAAUGUUCUCACGCGAGAUAUGCUGAAAGAGGCUGGUCUUGGUAAGAAAGAUAUGGGCCAAUCUGUGUUUUCUGUGUGGGAGGAUCUGUUUGCAGCACCCAAUGCCAGACUCAAGAACUCGAUUAAUAAGGAUGAUUUCGACAAUAACAGGUAUCUAAACAGAUUGACAACUGCCAUCAUGUCCAAUGGUGAAAUAGAGAGAAUCAUGCAAGGCUGUUUUGAAGCGUACCCCUUGAUGCGAUUCCACGAUGUUGCCCUGGAAAAGUUUUGCUUUAUUGGAGAAUGGCUUCAUUUUUACGACCAACUCAACUACAGAACGAAUGAAAGACAUGAAUACGACAUGUACAAGUAUUUGCCUUACCCUAUUGUCAAUUUCCACCGCUAUUUCGCUGGUGCUGCUGUUCAGGAACACCGCGUUGAAUACCCCAGAGUAGAUUAUGAAGUGUAUUCUACCAAGAAAUCGUACGAAAACUUGAUUGAGGUGUUUAUGGCGGGUAUUCAUCCUCAAAAGAGACGAUUCCUGAACCGAGACAUGAUUGCAAAUGAAUUGGUGCCCUUGUUGAUGCAUGUUAUUUCGCCUGAAUUGAAGCCGAUGAACCAGCAGUUGGUCAAGCCUGCAGAAAAGAUCAAAUUAGACAGACUGGUGCAUAUCAUGAUUGAAUUUGGGCUAUCUUUUGUGCACGAAAAGAACGAAGAAGGCCAAUAUGUGUUCAAGUUGGAACCACCUGUUGAGCAACUGCUAAACUACACACUGUCCUCACCUAAAUCAAUCUUACCAAAGCAGUAUGCUGUUCGACAAAUGAUUGCACAUGAGAUUGAAACUGAAAUCUUGAGACGAAGAGAACAAGCAUCUCAGGCACGAAAUCAGGGAAACAACAAGAAAAAACCAGAGACCAUGCUUACACCCGAGAAGAUCAAACAGAAAAUUUCUGCAGAAAAGCAAGUUGCACUUGAUUUCUUUGGCCGUGUUAUUGUGCCUAGAGCAGAAACAGGUCAACCCUUAAAAAAUCUCAAAAUGGAAGUGGAUACACCAAAAUCAAGCGUAUUCUAUAGAUACCACGAAGGCUUUUCCAAUGCUGUUCGAAAACCAAUGACAGUGCAAAUGUUCCUUUAA